UCUCUUCCCCUCUCCUGUUCGCAUACACACGCGCACGCACGCACACCCUCGCUCUCUCCCGACAAACACGAGCCGAGGGAAGAAACCGGAGGGGGGAAAAAAAGAAAAAGACCCAGAAGUAAAGCAAGCCCUCCGCGUCUGCUCGGCGGGGUCCAGAGAAGAGGAAGAGUCCAGCCAUCUCGUCCAGCUCUCUGUCUCUGAGCCCCACUGUAGCUCAGCGAGCAGCAGAGAGACCCACGGCGAGCGUGCGCGGAGAAAGAGGUGUGGGGGAAAAACAGAGAGGCGUAGAGCGGAAGACAGUGGUAUGAGGCACUGAUGAUGGCUCUGGACAUGGAGAGGACGGUCUCGAAGCUCAUGUUCGACUUCCAGAGGAACUCCACGUCGGACGAUGAUUCUGGCUGCGCUCUGGAGGAGUACGCCUGGGUGCCCCCGGGCCUGAAGCCUGAGCAGGUUCACCAAUAUUAUAGUUUCCUGCCAGAAGACAAAGUCCCAUAUGUGAACAGCAUUGGCGAGAAGCAUCGCCUUAAACAGCUCCUACACCAGCUGCCUCCUCAUGACAAUGAGGUGCGAUACUGCAACUCUCUGGAUGAAGAAGAGAAAAGGGAGCUAAAGAUCUUCAGCAACCAGAGAAAGAGGGACAACCUGGGCCGAGGCACUGUCCGACCUCUGCCCCUCACCAUAACUGGAGCCGUUUGCGAACAGUGCGGAGGUCAGAUCAACGGCGGUGACAUCGCCGUGUUCGCCUCGCGCGUGGCGCACAACCUGUGCUGGCACCCGCACUGCUUCGUGUGCUGCGUGUGCGCCGAGCUGCUGGUGGACCUCAUAUACUUCCACCAGGAUGGCAAGAUCUACUGCGGCCGCCACCACGCCGAGCGCCUCAAGCCGCGCUGCUCGGCCUGCGACGAGAUCAUCUUUGCGGACGAGUGCACAGAGGCGGAGGGCCGACACUGGCACAUGCGCCACUUCUGCUGCUACGAGUGCGCGGCGCCUCUCGGUGGCCAGCGCUACAUCAUGCGGGAGGGGCAGCCACACUGCUGCAACUGCUUCGAGUCGCUCUACGCCGAGUUCUGUGAUGCGUGCGGCAAGCACAUAGGAAUAGACCAAGGCCAAAUGGCAUAUGAGGGUCAACACUGGCACGCCACCGAAGAAUGUUUCUGCUGCGCCCGCUGCCGCCAGUCUCUGCUGGGUCGUCCCUUCCUGCCGAAGCAAGGCCUCAUCUACUGUUCCCGCCUCUGCAGCCAGGGGGAGGAGCCUGAUCUCUCCGACUCUUCCGACUCUGCCUUCCAGAGUGCCCGCUCGCGCCAGUCACGUCGCAGCGCUCGCAUUGGCAAACAGGGCACCAAGAGCAAGGCAGAAGGGGUCCGGCAGCAGUCGUCGGGCUCGGCAUCUGCCACGGGCGAGCGGCACUCGGUGGACGGGGACUCCCUGGCCGUCCCCAUGGACCUGCUGAGCGUGUCCAGCCCAGCACCCAGCCGCACCCCCAACCGCACACCCACGCGGACCCCGAGCCGAACCCCGAGCCGUUCUCCCAGCCUGAACCGCAAGCAGUCCGUCUGGAUGAGCCGGGAUGAGCCAUACUCCUACGAGUCAAACCAGAGAGAUCCGUCGCCUUCCCCCAAUCCCCAUCAGCUCAGGAGCCAGUGCAGCAUCCGGAGCCCUUAUCCCACCUCUCCCAACCAGCCGGCCAAGGUGGUGAGCCCUCCGGAGACCUGGCACAAAGAGGCAGCGGGCAGUAACCCCAAGAAGCCCCCCGUCAUGGCGGCCCUAAGAGGCCACUCGUUCAACGAGAACUGGAUGCACCACGGGAAGGACCCCGAGUUCCAUCCACCCAAGCUCAAGACGCAGAUGAGCUUCAGCGAGGCCUCAAGCCGCGGCGCCAGCUUCUUGGACAAGCGCAGCGUCAGCGUGCAGGGCUUCCCCAGAGACAUGCGCCCACCGCUCCUGAGGAGUAGGCACCACGUGGGCCCCAGCUUCGGCGAACUAACACCCCUGGAGCAGACCCCGCGAGGGUCAGUGGACUCACUGGCCCUUUCCUACGCCACAGCAGGAAACUCUUUGGAUGGGACAACCAGGCGCCAGGAGCACCUCUCCCGCUUCUCGAUGCCCGACCUGAGCAAGGACUCCGGCGUGAACGUGUCUGAGAAAAGCGCCAUGGGCACCCUGAACUCCUCCGUGCAGUUCCGCAGCACCGAAUCCCUGACGUCGGCCCCGAGACCCCUCGCCGAUCUGGGCAUGCCCGUCCGGCUGAGGUACCCUCCUCCCCUCUACUGGGACUCUCCACGAGGCAUGAGCUUCGAGGAGCAAGUGAAAGGGCACAUGGGCCUGGCAGGAAGCAUGGGCAAUGUCCACGUGGUGACCCCACGCCCGCGCCGCGCCAACACGCAGGAUUCCCCACGCCAGCAGCCGCGAGCCAGGCAACACCACCACCGCAAAAGCCACAAGGGUCACAGGGGUCACCACCGCUCGCGCCGCUCGCGCUCCGACAAUGCCCUCCACCUCGCUGCCGAGAACCAGGGCUACCCCAGUGAUCCCAUCCAGAGGUUCCGCGACGACUUCCAGCGACUGCCCUCGUCCAGGAUGGGGCGGGACACCUUUGGGGCAAACUACGCGUACAGGCAGCAGUUUUUCAGGCCUUGCCCUCGGACCACCUCCGACCUGACCCUGCAGGACCCUGGGGGCCCAAGGCUUGGCCAAUACCUGGGCAGGUACGGGGAGCUGGCCGAGGACGAAGACCACUUUUGCUCCACCUGCUCGUCUUCUUCGGAGGCGUCCGACGACGAGGGCUACUUCAUGGGAGAGCCCAUCCCUCGGCCCGUGCAAGUCCGUUACCUGGACAACGAGGAGCUGCGACAGCGGUACAGCCCCACUCUGAUGAGCGGUCACUCCCAGCUACACACACGCAAGCGCCGGAAGAGUAAGAACUGCAUCAUCUCAUAAGAGAGAUUGUGCGUGUGUGUGUGGGUGUGUGUGUAGUGGGGGUUCCUGUGGGACUGAGUCUGUAAGUCUGUGUGUCUGCGUGCGAGUUCUUCUUCAACUAACUUACUGAAUGGAUCGUAAUCUUAUUUAGGCAUGAUCAAAUCAUAACCAAGAAAACUCGAUCAUGUCUUCUGGACCUUCUCUCCUCUGUUUACUGUGACAGAAGGUGGCACAAAGAUUUAUGUAUGAGCAAUUACCUAUUUGAAUAUUACAUUAAAUAUUGUAUAUUCGAAAAACUUUAGUUCACCUGUGGAAACGUGCAAUAAGAAUGUGCAACGUACCUUUGGUUUGGCUGGAAACGGAAAAUGUGCACCGAACCACUUCGAGACAAGGACUGAUGUCAGUAGGUUCCCAUAAUAACUGACUUUCAUUACAGUUGUAUUCUAAUCUUGUUUAUUCAGAAAUGUCUUAACUGAAAGUCAUUUGUGUUACC